GGAAAAUUGUGAAGAGAUGGACAUUCGAAAAAUAGAAAAAUCUCCAACUAAAACCGAAAGAAUUGAAACAUUUUCGGAUUUUUUCAUUUCAGAUGCGAGCAGCAAACGGUUAACAAAGCGGACCUACAUAUGUGAUCCACACCAGAUGAAUUAUGGAACAUGUAAAUACCACAAAUGCAAGACUGCACCACCAACAGCACCAGCAACAGCAGCAGCAUCUGCAACUGCAGCAGCACCAGUUCGAGCAGCAUCAGCAGCACAAUGAUAACCAGCAGCAGUUCUGCCUCAGGUGGCACAAUCAUCAGACCAGUUUGCUGAGCACUCUGCCCGUGCUGCUGGACCAGUCGCAGCUGACGGAUGUGACCAUUUCGGCGGAGGGACGGCAACUGCGCGCCCACCGGGUGGUGCUGAGUGCCUGCAGCAGCUUCUUCAUGGACAUAUUCAGGGCCCUGGAGGCCAGCAAUCACCCGGUGAUCAUCAUACCCGGCGCCAGCUUCGGGGCCAUUGUGUCGCUGCUCACGUUCAUGUACUCCGGAGAGGUGAACGUGUACGAGGAGCAGAUACCCAUGCUCCUCAAUCUGGCCGAGACGCUGGGCAUCAAGGGAUUGGCGGAUGUCCAGAACAACAAUCUUCCCAAGACAGCGAAGGGCGCACCCCACUCCUACAUGGAGCCACCGCACGAGAAGUCCUCGGAGUUCGAGCAUCGUGGCACACCAUCGCCGGCCCCUACUCCCACGCAUACGCCCACACCCACACCCACCUCCACUCCGAGUCUGCCGCUCCCGCUCCCGCUGCCGCAGCAUACCAGCCCCGCUCUAAGCACCCCGCUGCUGGCAAACAAACUGGGAUCGGUAGGGGCGGCGGCGGCGGCGGCGGCGGCGGCGGCGACAGGCCCUAUGAUCGCCACCUCCCCGUUGGAGAACCUGUUCAAGUCGCUGCAGUUCUAUCCGAGCCUGCUGCCGCAGCCGCUCAACUUCUCGCAGACGGCGCUGAACAAGACCACGGAGCUUCUGGCCAAGUACCAGCAGCAGUGCCAGCUAUACCAGAGCGGGCUGCAGGAGGAGGACGACUGCUUCGGGGCUGCCAAGCGGCUGAAGGGCGACAGUCCGCCGAAAGAAGUCAAGCGGCUGGACAAGAUGGGGAAGAGCCUGAAGAGCUCCGCGAGCAACAUGAACAGAAGCCCCACCGAGUGCUCGGUCCCCAAUCCGAUUGUGGCCACCUCACCCAUCACUCUCGCGCCCCCGGCCAUGGCACACUUCUCGCCCCAGUUGCCGGUGGUCAAGUGCUCCUCCGCCAGCUACUCAAAUCCCCUAACUCCCAACCACAUGUACACCACCAAGCCUCCGCUAUACAGUUGCGCUGUCACGCCCACCGCCGCCCAGCAGGCGGCACAAAUGCACCACACCCAGGCAGUCGCCUCGACGCCCUACAUCUCGGCAGAGGAUCACGCCAAGCUUCAGCUUCACAUCGAGCAGUAUCAGCGGGAGGCGGCCGCAGCAGCUGCAGCCGGGGGCAUGGCUCUGGUCAGCGCCAAGUCGGAGCCGAAUCUGCUCUCCCUGAGCGCCGACCGCGAGAAGCAGCUGGCCUCCGCCCCCAUCAAGCCGCCGUCCAACUCCAAGCUCUACGCCACCUGCUUCAUCUGCCACAAGCAGCUUAGCAACCAAUACAAUCUGCGCGUUCACCUCGAGACCCACCAGAAUGUGCGUUACGCCUGCAACGUGUGCUCCCACGUGUCCCGCAGCAAGGAUGCCCUGCGCAAGCACGUCAGCUAUCGCCAUCCUGGUGCGCCGUCGCCCUGCGAGAACGAAGCGCGACGCAAGCGAGUCUCCAAGCUGUCAACUAGCGCGGCCACGCCCACGCCCAGCCACACGAUGACCAGUGGCGAUAUGGUGGGUGGAACAGGACAGGGACAGGGCUCAACGGUAUGCCCUGGCGAAACAGUGCCCAGUCCGUACCUCUUUCUGCCCAAUCAGUUUCAAAUGGCGGCAGCUGCAGCUGCCGUGGCGGAGUCCUCUUCGAGUGCCGGACCCGUCUUGGAUUUGGCUCCCGAGGCGCCGCUGGACAUCAAAAGCGAACGGGAGCCGGCCGCGGCGAGCAAUGGGGAAGCGGGAGACGGCGAAACAAGUGCGCCGGUGGCCACUUAGUGGCGGAUAUAUUCUAAUUUCAAAUGUUGAAAACGGCUCAAAACGCCGAGCACAAAUGCACUCACAAACACACAGACACUGGAAGCACCCACACGCACAUGCAUAUUCAUAUGGAACUUUUUAUCCCCAAACCAACAAACAAAAAACAAAACCAACGUCUUAGACCCGGCUGUGAUACUUAGCGCAAUUCGUUUUUUCGUCUUCUACACACACACACACACACACGCACUCACACACAUACAUACUACACUAUUUAAUUGAUUUAUUAUAAUUUAUUAUUUUAGUACAAAUUUAUAUUUCGUUUGGUUUCGUUGAGCUUUCAGCAGUAAACUGCCACCAACGAGGCUAUCAAAUUCACAAAUUUCACUUCCCCUUUCACUUUUGCUCUCUCUCUCUCUUACGC